CUACGACUCAGCCAUAACCCACACAACAGCUCGAUUGUUAAUAGUUAGAACGGCAAGUCCACCAGCCGCUAUCCGCACCGUUUCCUUUGGUGUAUGUGUAUGAAACGGAAACGGUGGUUAGAAACGGAAAAACAUCGAAAUCAUCAUGUUUAAGUCUGCCCUCGGCUACUUUUCGGGGGCGGGCUCGUCCGCCUCAAAAGAAGACAACGAAUUCGUGGGUCAGAUUGUAUCAUUAGGAAUCUUCAAAUUGCGAGUUUUGAAAGUUAUUGCUGAAGGUGGUUUUGGCUUCGUAUUCUUAGUUCAGGACACAAACACCGGAAAAAGCUUUGCGCUUAAGCGAAUGUUCAGCGUCGAUCAAGAAAGCGCAGAUUCAAUCGAGCAGGAAAUUCGUGUGCUCAAGCAACUCAAGGGACACCCAAAUGUCAUCGAAUUCUGCGCUUCUGCCGUCGCCGAAAGCCAAGGGGGCCGUAAAGAAUAUCUCAUUCUAACUGAGUUCUGCUCCGGUGGUGUGGUUGUUGAUGCUAUUAAUAAGGCGAAGCUAAGCAUGGACCAGGUGCUUAAAGUCUUCUACCAAUGUUGCAAGGCUGUAUUACAUAUGCACACACAGCAACCGCCAAUCACGCACCGGGACUUGAAGUUGGAAAACUUGCUAAUAGCGCGUGAUGGCACUGUGAAACUCUGUGAUUUUGGCAGCUCAACGAUUGCCUGUCAUAUCGUUGAUGACAAAUGGACUGCUUUGAAAAGGAGUCUCGUUGAAGAUGAGAUACAACGAAAUACAACGCCGAUGUACCGUGGCCCCGAAUGUUUGGACACGUAUAACAAUUUUCCUAUCGAUCAUCGCCUAGACGUAUGGGCUCUUGGCUGUAUUCUGUACGUGCUUUGCUACCGACAACAUCCAUUCGCAGACGCCGCUAAACUUGCCAUACUCAAUGCCAAGUACAACAUCCCCGCAAAUGCCGACACUGAAUUUGGAGAUCUACAGCAGCUCAUUGGUGAUAUGUUAACUAUUGAUCCCCGAGAACGGCCGUCAGUGAAUAAUGUCUUACAUCGACUCGAAGUUCUCGGAAAACUACGAGGUAUCGAACUAUCUUCUGCCCCGUUUCUGACACAACAUGGUAUUGUCGCUUCGGUUCCAGUUGCUAUAGAUCCAGUACUCGAUGCCACAACUGCGCGAACACCUGGCACGAUCCCUGAAGGGGUCAAUUUGAUGAACACGCUUCGUGAGGGAGCGGGCAGUUUCUUCAAAAAACUUGGAGAUACAUCUUCGAAAGUAAUUCAAAUAGCUCAGCAGAGUAUCGGCAAAUCAGAAUUGGAUAUGCACUAUAUUACGAACCGAAUAGCAGUCAUGUCUUAUCCGGCCGAGGGUCUGGAAAGUACAUAUCGAAACCAUAUAGAAGACGUUCGAGCAGUACUAGAAGCCCGCCAUCAGAACAAUUACAUGGUCGUUAAUAUUUCUGGCCGGUCGUACACAAACAAUAAAUUUCCUGGCAUUAAGGUUAUCGAGCGACUAUGGAACCAGAAGAAAGCCCCAGAAAUCGAUGCGGUGCUUGAACUUUGUCAUACAAUAUACGUAUACCUGAGUGGAAAGCGCAAUGCAGUGGUUAUUCAUUGCCUUGAUGGAAAAGCUGUUUCUGCGCAGCUGUUUGCGGCGUUUAUGCUGUAUUGCCGUGUUUUUACUAACCCCAAAGAUGCUUUAAGUAUGUUUGCUGUCAAACGCUUCCCCGUGUCACUCAGUCCUGCUCAAAUGAGGUACCUGCAGUACUUCUAUAACGUGAUUCGGCACAAGGCCCCGCAUGGCCAAUUAAUGGAGAUUACCCGUGUGACUAUGCGACCACCACCCCUUUUCACCAAGGUGCGUGACGGCUGCCGACCAUUCGUGAACAUUUACGUGAAAGAUGAAUGCGUGUACUCCACAUGUCUCGAAUAUGAAAAACUCACGCAUUUUUCAGCGACAGCAGGCAAUGUCGACUUCGAUAUACCAAGGGGUUUGAGGCUAUUUGGGGACGUAGCAGUUGUCCUGAACCAUGCACGAGCCUCUACAUUUGCUAAAGGUCGAAUUCAGGCCGUCCCUAUGGCAACGAUCCAGUUGUUUACUGGAUAUAUCGAUACUACGGCAAGCAAGCUGACAUUUGAUAUCAAUCAGCUAGAUCUAAUUGAAGAGGUGGACCGGUAUUCGGGCGAGUUUGAGGUAGUUUUGCAGAUUCGAUUCGUCCAGGAGGAAGUCCAAGAUCCUACAGCGACUUUCAAUAAAUUUUUGAAUAUUACUACACAGCCAAAAAUUGUUUUUUCAUCUGAAGAGGAGAUGAGUGCAGCAAUUGAUCAAUUCAAAUCGAAAAAUUCAGCUCCUACACCGUCCCGUCCUCCCCCUCCAUCUGCCAUUAUGAAACCCGCAGCUCCUGCUCCUCCGCCUGGACCUUCACCUCCCCCGCCCCGUCCAGAUGCGCCCUUAAUAACGACGGACACGGUGGAAAGUUCAGCGGAUCUACUGAAUCUGGAUUGUGGCUCAUCAGCCACGUUUGAUUCUAGUCAAGCGCCCUCGGCGCAAUCCGGCACCAUCAGUCAUUCAAAUAAAAACAACUACACUAGCACGAGAAACAGCAGCAACGCACGGACGAACUGUAGCAAUGAUGGUAGCAACCUUGAUUUGCUAUCGUCAUCGCUCGGGGGGAUGGUAGUAGAGUCGUUUUCUGGGGCUGGGCUGGGCAAGGGUGGAGGUGAUUGUGGAAGCAGAGGCAUAGCUGUCGUAAACAGCACGACGUUAUUGUUUGGGGAUGUGAGCACGGCGUCAAAUGAACUACAACAAUCCCAAAGUGUCGAAGACACCGACCCAUUCGGUCUUGGAACCUCAUCGAUCGCAGGUACCUCGUCAGACCCUUUAAAUGGGCAUUCCUCAUCAAAUCAACGCGUUAUUGAGGAUCUGUUUGCAGCGACGACAGAAUCGUCCACUACAGUUACAGAAGCUAACGACUCUGCAAGUGGAGACUUAUUCGGCCAAUGGAAUUCGUUCAUGAGCGCACCUACGCCACUGGUGGAUCUGAAAAAUCUGGAUACUUCUAGUGUCCUAGGUGUUGCAAAAAAUUGUUUCAUCAGUGAACUUUCAGCGGAAUUAGUAAACGAAAAUGGAUGUGCUGAGGUAUCAUUAAACAGGCCCCAAUCAAAGCUUAGUACGUUAUUUAUGGGCUCACGAGACAGUAACACAGGAAAUGGCCUGGGCAACGGGAUGGGAGCACUCGGAAGAGAAACCUCUACUCUCGGAGGGUCCUUCUCUUUGACUGCAAACAACCAGUGGACACCAAGAAAUGCAUCAGCGCAAACAACCGGUCAAGCUGCUUCAUUGAAAACACAAUCUCCUGCUGAUGUGGGAACAAGAUUGAUAGGUGAGACCAUUCGAAAGCCCGUCGGCGAGAAUGCUUUUGGCGAUCUUCUAGGUACGCAAGGGUUCGUCAAUUUUGGGAAGAAAGAUAUUGGACCGCGUACCAUGGCCGAGAUGAAACGCGUUGAAAUGGCGAAAGAAAUUGACCCUGUUCGACUUGUCAUCUACGAUUGGACGAAAGGAAAAGAACGGAAUAUUCGGGCUCUACUGUGCUCGUUGCACUCGGUCGUCUGGUCCGAAGCCCGUUGGGCUGAAAUAGGCAUGCACGAGUUAGUAGGAGUCAGUGAUGUCAAGAAGAUGUAUCGAAAGGCCUGUCUUGCUGUUCAUCCGGACAAGCUGGCUGGAACGGAUAAGGAAGAGUUAGCAAAGCUAAUUUUCAUGGAGCUGAACGACGCAUGGUCUGAAUUUGAGAAGCAGCAAAAUCUUGCAUAAUAACCACUUCCUCUACAUUGGCCUAGCAUAUAUCGCUAUUCCGGCAUACCCCAUUUGUAACCAAACAUGAAAUGCACCACUAAAUUGUUAAUAAUUAUGAUGAAUCACUAUUGUUGUUUAAUGCAUCCUUCUAUUUCGCCCGUAAAAAGUAUACGUGGCGCUAAAGCAGAGUGUCGUACAGCACAGCCAAGAAAUAAACAUUGCCCGUGGCUAUUAUAAACACUGGUUGCCACAGCACAACGGAAGUUCCUGGCAAUAAUUACAGAACCCAUAGGACCCACAUGGAUAUUCACGAUCGUCCAGUCGUAAAUCAUCCAAACCGGUUAUACACGAAAAUACCACUCAGUGUUCAAAAAAAAGAGCGGAAAACUAAUAAAUAAAAACGGAUAGGUAUAUUGAGGAUUGGUAAAAGAAAAGAUGAGUAUUAGGAUGUACCAGGUUUAUCCGGUGAACAUCUUUUGUCCACGAAUGCAUUGCGCAAUCGCGGCAUCAAACUCACAAAUAUCGUGUAAGAUAUCAUUAACACUGUAUUACUGAUUGUUUUAAUAUAUGUUCUUAACAUAGAUUGCCAGUUUCUCCUUAUGUUCUCAUUAUACUCUCAGUAAACCGGGAGCUGAGAGUAUCAUAUGUGAAUAGUACUUAGUGAAGCAUAAAUGCAAACGGAGUGCAACAACAUUAUAAACUUUUCUAAUAAAGAACGCCUUGGAGUCGACUCGUUGAACUUAUUUCGUAUUAUUAUAGUACAAUGGCAAUUUAGUAGUUUCAUCUAUUUUAUUAUUAAUUUAGUGAAGGCAAAUUAAUGUUAAAAUAAGUUAGAAAUUAUUAGUUCAUAAAUUGAGUCGAUAUAUUUAAAAACAUUUCAACUAAAAUAGAUAUAUAAGAAAAAUGUUCGCGUAUUGACAAAAAGUAUCUGCAUAUGGCGGGGUCGGUUGUCAGUGUUUGUUCGUCUGUUAAACAUUUAAUAAUAAAUUGAAAAGUCACGUGAAGAAUGAA